AUGGGAGGUAAAGGAAAGCAAACCAAACGAAUUAAAACCAAAGGAAAGAGCGUAGACAAGGGAAAAGAAGCGACAAACGUGAGACCUAAAGGAAAGAAAGGAAGUGAAGUAGAACCAUUAACUGAAACAUCUAACACAAACAUAACAAUUUGCGUAGUUUGCUUAGAAGACACUGACGAAGACUGGAUCCAGUGCUCAUCCUGUCGUGGGUGGGUACAUGAAGCAUGUGCAGACAUUCCAGAGUGUGGUGAUGGCUUCAUAUGUGAUCGAUGCAGGUUAUUUUGA